AUGUUGCAAUAUAACAUUCUUUGGCUUGAUGCAAAUUCGUCAGAUCCAAUGAGUAAUUUUCGUAGUAAACUUGGUGAUGCACAAACAUUUACAGAUGUCAAGAAUUGUAUUCAAUAUGUUCAAUCUCAUCCAAAUGAAUCAUUUUAUCUCAUUGUUUCGGGUUCACUUGCUAAAGAAAUCGUUCCAGUAAUCUAUGAAUCUUCAAAUCUUUUACAAAUCUUUCUUUUUUGUGGAUCAGUUUCUACUUAUGUAGAAUGGGCAAUGGAUUAUUAUGAUAAAAUCAUGAUAUUUGAUCAUGGUGAUGAUCUUUUAGAACGAUUAUGGAAUGAUUUACAAAACAAGUUACGAGAACAAGCGACACUAUGUUUACAAGGUGCAGAGGAAUAUAAAAAACGUGCAGAGGAAUAUAAACAACGAGCUUUACAAUAUAAAAAGCCAUGUGGUUAA